AUGCCGGACGACAUGUCUAUGAUCCCGUACAAUGGAGGAAAUCUCGAUGUCGUGCUCCGACACAAUGACUCGGUGGUCGUCUUGGAUCGGGAUUCCCAGCAGCUAGCUCUCCGAAAUGCAGCGGACGACCAUGACGGUGAUCUGGAGCUGGCCAACUGCCCCCUGUGUCACCGCCCCAUGCGCGAUGGCAGCAGAGGGAGGCAUCGUGGAAGCACUGACCCAGAGGCGGAAUUCAUCAGUCCAAAUUACUUUCGCAUGCUGAACAAUAGCAGUCUGCCAAGCUCAGCAAAAUCAUCGCGUCCACCAUCACCGCGUCGUCGCCUUGUGCACGCUGCCUUGCCGGAUGGCAUCACUAGUGCGCCUUCUCAAUCCACCGCUCAAGCACCGCCACAGGGUAUCUCCUCCGCCGCCUUCAGCCAAGACUACUUCAAACGGUUCUUCGUGGAAGAAAGAGAGCUUGGCAAAGGAGGCAAGGGAGUGGUUUUGCUUGUCAAGCAUGUGCUAGAUGGCGUCUCACUCGGCCAUUAUGCAUGCAAACGAGUACCCGUCGGUGACGACCACGAGUGGCUGGAGAAAGUACUGGGUGAAGUACAACUACUCCAACAUCUAUCCCACCAGAACCUGGUCUCAUAUCGGCAUGUGUGGCUUGAAAAUGCUCAAAGCAGCACCUUCGGGCCACCGGUAGCGUGCGCAUUCAUCCUCCAGCAGUACUGCAAUGCCGGCGAUCUGCACAACUACAUCUGCGGUUCUGUCCAAACAUCGACUACAGCGCAGCAACUCAAAGAGCGACUUCGCCGGAAAUCGAGAGGCGAACCCGAGCUCCGAUCCCAUUUGGGAGGUCCUCGCAUCCUUCAGCUGGACGAGAUAUACUCGUUUUUCCGAGACAUCACGUCUGGCUUGCGACACCUGCACAUGAACGGGUAUAUCCAUCGCGAUUUGAAGCCGAACAACUGUCUUCUUCAUGAAACUAGUGAUGGUAUCCGAGUACUCGUCAGUGACUUCGGGGAGGUACAGCAACAAGACGCCAUUCGUAAGUCGACCGGCGCGACUGGAACCGUAUCGUACUGCGCACCAGAGGUGCUUCGACAAGACUACCCAGAUGGCCCUUUCGGCAACUUCACAUUCAAGUCUGAUAUCUUCUCCCUUGGAAUGAUCCUGUACUUCCUUUGCUUCGCCGAGCUCCCAUAUGCCAGCGCCGAUAUUAUCCACGAGGAAAACGAAGACCUAGAUCAACUUCGAGCCGAAAUAACCGGUUGGGCCGGGUUCGACAAUGCACGAAGACGCAGACCUGAUCUUCCCGAAAAGCUGUACACAUUCCUGGAGAGGCUUCUUGCCGUGGACCCAAAACGUCGGCCGACAGCGGACGAAGUACUGAAUGGGAUCCAGACCGGUGCCACUGAAAGCUUCCGCUUCAAAAGAGGCAGCUCUGUCGGCCCCGACCUACCCGGUGGGCCUCGAAUCCACCCGGCCGACAGCCCACAACCCUCGAUGGAGCGUGCUUUGUCCCCGACAAAGAGACUGCCGGUUCACAACAAUCACAUGGCAUACCGACGGGACUCUAUGUUUGAUUCCACUGGCUCAGGCUCCGGAACCAGCAUGACGCCAGACUCAGAUGCAGUCAUCGGCAAUCGACCAUCUUUAAGUCCUGACCGUGACCUAGUUGUCCGACACCGAUAUUCUGCGACUUCACCUCCAGUAUCACCGACCAGGCAAUCGCACGAAGAGACACCAUCUCCUGCCCGACGACAACAGCUUCUCCCACCCCCACCGAGUCGAUUCCCUCGUCUCGAUUUUGUCACCACCAUUUCUUCACCAGGGUUGCAACUCUCAAUGUUCCUAGUGAAGGUGGUUUCUGCACUCCAUCCCUGCUCUCCUUUGGCAGUAAAUGCAUGGGCACUAUACCCAGUUCUACUCGCAGCAGCGGCCAUGCUGAGGGUUCAUGAUCUUCGGCUACAGAUAUUUGCAUUGGCGUUACACAUCUUAUUCGUAGGAGUUGGGAUUCGCUGUGGAUUCCUUUGUGCUUGGCAUGAGGACACGGCCGUGGAUACGCCCUCUUGGCCAACUUUUUGA